GACUAAAUAUCACGAGUGGGUUCAGUAUGAGAGCUACAAGGAGUCACUGGACAAGGAAAUGUUGGGCUGGAAACAACAGCUGGACUCAAUUGGCAAUAAAGGACAACUUCCACUCAAUUCCAAACCUGCCCAGAUAGUACUGAACAACAUAAAAUCGAUCGAGAAAUCGUUGUCAGAGACCUCGGCUAAAAUAGACGCCCUCCCUGAAAGAUUCUCCGUCCUUCUCAAAUCCGACUCAAUUAUCACUGAUUUGAGUGACUCAUUCCCUGUAGUGACGUCAUCAUCUAGCACCACUGUUGACCAAUCAGGUUUCAGCGGCAGUAUUGACCAAUCAGGGGUCUCGGAUGGAGACAUCGAAGGCAUGCAGGAGGACUGUGGUUAUUUGAGAGACGAAGUUGAACAAUUCAGAAAACAAAUUGAGGACAGAUUGGACCAAAUUCGCACCUUGCAUUCCAAUCACGAGUCAAUUUCUGAUCACAUUGAGAAGUUCAUGAAGGCGGCGUCCACUCUAGAAAACGACGCUUCCAUGCCGGUCGCUCUGAAACUGGAAAAAGCCAGAGCUCUGGAACUUGAGAUAAGCGAGAGGUCACUGGCUAGUUUAGUGUCAUUUAAAGGAUUAAGUGGCAAUGCUGAGACGUUUAUCAAGGAGGAGGAUCACGCAGCUCUCGACAACAUGUCAAAAUCUUUGGAAAACUACUGGAGCUCCUUGUGUGAUCUUGCGGAACUAUUGCGAGUUUCUCUCGAAGAGGCUUCAGCUAAACAAAAAGCAGCUUUCGCUAAGUUCAAGGAAAUAGAUACUUGGCUGGACGAGCUAGAAACAUGCAAUCAAAGAGGCAGCAAUGGCGAAACUCUGGAUACUUCGCUUCAGAAACAAAUGGUGCUCCUUGGAGAGUUAGAUCAGAGAAAAGACGCCAUCGCAUUGCUCACUGUGUCAACGGAAUCAGAUGGGACUUUAAAUCUUCUGAGUGAUGCUGAGAAGGAGACUCUCUCCAAACAAUGCAAACCAAUAUUAGAUCACAUCGAACGAGUGAGGAGCAGUGUUCUCGAGCGGAAAGCAAACUUUGAAAAAAGUGCUCAUGACCUCGAGGAGUUGAUGCAAAAUAUAAAGAAAGCUUUUGACUGGCUGCAAGUAGCCGAAGACAAUGUGAAGAAAAUAUGCAGUGCAACAGGAAACCAGAGCUCUAUCAAUGAUCUAAAAGCACAAUUAUCAGAAAUUGACGCUUACAAUCCAUAUGUUAUCUACUGCAAUCAAAAAGGCAACGACUUAUCGCCAACUUGUAGUGAGCGUCAAAAGAAGCAACUGGAAAGUAGCUUGAAAGAUAUAAAUUACCGCUAUAGCGUAUUGAAGAACUUAGUCGAGAAAGACCUGCAACACAAACAAACGAUUGUCGCUAAAGAGAAAGCCAUAAACGAAGAGAGUGCAAAACUAUUGAAAUGGCUAAAAGCAACACAAGGCAAAUUGGAUCAUUCCCCAUUGGAAGGCCAAGCUGAGAAACUUGAAGAAAAGCUAAAAGCAGCUCGUGACAUGGACGAGGAAAUUCAAAAGAAGGAAGUGAUUUUGGGCGAACUGCUCUCAAAGGUCGGCAAUUUAUCAAAAGAGAUAAGUAGCGAUCAACGUGAACAGAUUGAAGAAAUGAUUGAUGAGCUGAAAACUGAAACAGAAAGAAUGAAGAAGACAAACAAUGCGCACAAAGUACAACUUGAAGUGGCUUUGCAAACCAAGAAAAGUUUUCUGGAUGAGUUUGACAAAAUCGAAGAAGCCAUUAAGACUGCUAACAGUGACGUGAACAAACUUGCCAAAGAAAAGUUUUCAAUAAUAGAUUCUACUGGAACAGAUGACAAUGUUGUGAAAGCUAAGGAAUUGAGUUUGAAAGCUGAAGAAUUAAAUGACAAAUUGAAGGCUUUGCAGCAAAACGCAGCUCAAAUGGAACCUUCGGAACAAAAAACGUUACUCGAAGCCAAAGUCAACCGCCUAUUAGAUCAACAGAAAGACUUGCAAUCUAAGUGCAGUGACGCGCUCGAAAGCGCUGCUAAGACUGCAGAAGAUUUGAAAGUCCUGAAUGAGAACCUGGUAGUUUCUGAAAAGAAGAUCAAAGAUAUUUUGAACAACGAAAUGCCAGAUCCAAAAUUAGCAGCACAGACAAGAUUGGAAAAAUUAGCGGAUAUUGAAGAUUUCACUACAGAACUUGAGAGAAAAAUGAAGGAAAUUUCUGACAAAACUUUGGAUUCUGUGCGCAAAUUGUCUCGACCCGACAUCGAAAAACAUAACAAACACAAAGAUUUAAUCAAAACUCUCUUGGAAAAUUUGAAAUCAAAGCUAGUGUCGGAAAAGCGAAAAGCCAACAGUGCUAUAGAGAAACGAGCUCUUAUUGCAGAAAGUCUGGAAAACGCCAAAGAGUUCCAGAAACGAUUCGAGGAGAAUCUUAAGUUCGAUUCGUUGCCGCUUGAAGUUUCUUCUCUGGAAACAAUUUUGGCCAAAUUUCACUCAAUGCAAGAUGAGCUAAAACAUCACGAAGAAAAUCAACGCGAAAAGUUUCAACAAGCCAAGAAGUUCUUAGAUCAAAAUCGGGAGCCGUAUGAUGAUGAAAUUUCAUUGGCGAAUGAAGUUUUCGAUGACUAUCAUAGUUGCAGUCAAGCGUUGGUCAACCAAAUAAAUGGGGCUGAGCUAGCUUUGAAGCAGAGAAAAGAAUUGACCGCAACUUUGGAUGCUAUCGAAAACUGGUUGGGAUCGACUAAAGAGUUCAUGAAAGGCGUGGACCUCGGAGAUGCUUGCAAGUCGGAGAAGCUCGUGGAAAAACUUGAGAAAUUGAAAUCUGAAAUUGGUCAUCAGAACAAACUUUUGGACUCCGCAAAUGACAAAGCCAUGGAGAUAGCAGCCACUCUACCCAUGGACGACCAGGAAAGUCUGGAAGCCCGUUUCGAAGAGAUCGAUCUGGAAAACGUUGAAUCUCAGUUGAAUAAAUUGAGUUCAAAGUUAACUAACAGUUUGAAAAACUUCAACACACUGAAACAAGGCGCAACUGAAAAUGCUAAACGGUCUAAGGAGUUGGUCGACUAUAAGCUCGAGUUUCCAAUUUCGAUCGAAGAUGCGAAAUAUCAAUUAGAAACGGUUCAGACAAAGAUUUCGGAUCUUGAUUCGCUCGCCGAUGAAAACGAAGAACUUGUAAAGAUAUCUGAACAGUUGAAAAAAAUAGCAAACCAAAACUCAUCGAAAGCUAUAUCUGAUCUAAUGAACGGUUUGCAAUCACAGAUGCAAAACAGUAAAGAAAAAUUAACAGAAAAUCUUAAGUCAUGCCAAGAAAAUCUGCAGCUUUGGAGCGACUAUUGGGCGUCCAUUGAAAAGUUCGAAGAGCGUCGAAAAAAAGUCGAGUCCGAGUUGUUUGACCUCGAUGAAGCUUUGCCGAAUAAAAGUGUUCUGAACUCGGCUAAUGAACUUCGAGAUUUAAUGAAUGAUAGUGACAUUCUGGAUAAUAUCAGCAAGUUUACGGAGGCAUUGUGUCAGCGUGUUCCGGAUAAGAAAUCGCGGGAUCAUUUGAUGGACGUUGACAAUAAGCUGAAGAACAGUGAAAACGACCUUGUCAGUCGUCUAGACAGUUUAAUAGAUGAAACAUCGCACAGUUUAAUGUGUGAAGAAGAGAUAGUUGUUCAAGCGGAACAAUCGAAACAUACUCUGAAUGCAAUCAACGAGCAGCUUUGUUCACUACCUGUAGCCGAAGACGACUUAGAAACAGCCGAGCAGUCAGUGGACGACUUGCUUCGCUCGCUCCAAUUGGUCGACCAAACAGUUGAAUCGCAGAAGACGAAGAUGAACCAAAAUCCGAGUCGAUUCAAGAACCCGAAUGUACUCAAAAGUCACGAGGAUUUAAAAAGCAAACAAAAUGAAAUUCGAGCUAUUUUGAAUGAAAAAGCAACUGUAGUCAACAAAGAAAAAGAACAAGCGGAGCAGUUUAAGAAGAAAGCGAGGGAGUUGCGAGGAGAGAUCGAGAGGAAGAGUGGGGAGGUUGAGAACCUGCAUAGACUCAUGCUCUCAGACACCUCUGCAGAGAACCUCUCUCUGGUCAAGGGACACCUCCAGAAAUCCAACGGGGAAAUGGAGCGCUUGCUUGAGCAACUUAAAAACCUGGAGAGUUGUCCCGUUUCUAAGAAAGUCAAGGAACCUAUACUCAAGGAGCUGCGAGACCAGCUGUCGAUGACUCAAUCGAUGCAAGGAAGCGGCGAACAGAUUUUGGACAAAGUGUCAGAUUUGAUGGAGGAAUUCAAGAAUAACUGCAAUGAAGUGAGGGGUUUGUGCGAAGAGGCGAAGUCGAUUGCACCAACACAACCGGUGGCUUCCUUGGAUUCGAACACCUUGCAUACGUUGACCGAAAAAUUGAACCACUUCAAGAAUAAGUUUGACGCUGCAGUGCCUCUGUUGGAUUCGUGUGACAGUUUGAGGGAUAAAAUAGAGCGUCUUUUGGGCGAAGGAGUCAACAUGGAUGACGUCAGAUUAGAGACAUCUGAAAAUCACGCUGAGUUCGACAGCCAAUCAAAACAAGUGGAAGAAUUAUCAGCUGAGCUUCUUGAGGAACUGCAAUCUCGUACAGAUGCUUCCAGAUCUCUUGCCGACCUGAAAGCGAACUUGGAGAACAUUCUAGAAAGUCUAAACGUCCUCGGAUCAGAAACAUCGCCAGAGACGGAUCCAGAAAAAACAGUGCGACAAUUAAAUGGUUUGAAGAAAAGUCUGGCUCAGAUAGGAGAAAAUGCUAAUAAAAUUGGUGGUAAGUUGAAGGAACGGUAUGCUGAAAAACAAGUUCCGUUGCCGACUGACCUUGCAAAACAGCUCUCUCACAUCAAGUCUCUUCAAGCGUCCGCGACAAAGUCGACCAAGAAUGUGGAACGAAAGCUGCAAAAUGAACAGCAAGAACAGCGGAAGUACCUGGACGGACUCAGAGAAGUCUCGAAACAGAUCGCGAAACUAGAAGACGACGAUUUAGCCGUGAUUGAAAAGAUCGCCAAUCUGGAAUCGUUUGACGAUCUGAACAAACUCAGAUCUGAUGUUGAGGAACUUAUGACUCAGUUAAAUUCAAUGGAAAAAAGUUUGAGUCAUCCAUCAAAAUCUGCAGAUGCGUCAAAAGGCGGCGGAGAUCAAUUGAAGUACAUGGCUGAAACGAUUAAGCGUCUGAAGGACUCGCUUAAUAGCCAUCUUCAAUCAAUUGACGAAACGGCGUCUAGUUGGACUGACCUUCAAUCAGCCUUGAAUGAUCUCGAAGCUCAAGUUGUGCAGAUUCAAAGGCGUGUUCCUCUAGCACCGGUUCAAAUCUACAGUGGCGAUGAAUUGACCGAACGUGUCGCUAAAACGAAAAGUUUAAUUGACGAAAUUGAAGUGUGUGGAAAAAAUCUGGAUGAAUUGAAAUCGCGGGUUGAGGAGUUUACGAACAGUUUGGGUUUGUCGUCGGCUGUUGGUGUUGUCGACGAGGCGUACGCUAGUGCACAGAAGCAAUUCACCGAAGUUGACGAUUUACUGAAAAGUCAUAGCAAGAAACUGACUGAUGAAAAUAAGAGAAGGACUUCAGUUCUGUCUCAUCUAGAACAGUUGAUAGUGAAGUGCAAUAAGUGUGUGGAUGGUUACAGUGGCUCUGUCUCUAUCGGAAUCUCAGUCGACGACGUCACCGCUGCAAUCAUUGAAGUGCAGGAGUCACAGAAAAUUCUGACCUGCGACAUUGAAUCCAUGAAGCAAAAACUGUUGAAUGAGAAGAAUUUCUACGAUUCGUUCAACUGUUCUCUCCCAUCUGACAUUUCGAAGAAGCAGAACGAACUGAAGUCAGCCGAAUCGCUCUUCAAUUCAGCUGUUGUGUCACACGAGAAGCUUCUCGAUCAGUGUGCGCGUGUACGUGGUGGCUACGCUGACAAACAGAUGAAACUAAAUGAGACUCUUGAAGAACUGGAACAUAGUCUGAUGGACUUGAACAAGAAUGUGCAACACGUGAACAGAGUGCGAGACAUUCCCGAGUUGAGAAACGACCUCGAUAUUCUCAACGAUGAGCUGACACGUUGCAAAAAACUGUCAACUGACCUUGAAGAAUCCGCCAACGAGUUGAUGCAAUCAUGCAAUGAACCCUCAAAAGCUUUGAUCAGCGACCAAUCAAAAUCGCGCUUGGAACGUCUCGAUGACGUAACAAAGAUACUCGAAGCUUCGUCUGCAGAUUUUGACUGGCUUACGAGUUUUGUUCAUAGUUAUUUGAAACAAGAAGAUGCAAUACAUGCUAAUAUCCGUGCAAUACAAUCUAAGUCGGUUUCAAAACCCGCGGCAUUUUGCGAUGACGCUGAGAUUAUUACGCAAUCGACACGACUUACCACAUUAUCGGAGGAGAUGACAGCUGCCGAGAAGCAAACGCAGCAGCUAGAAGAAUUUGUGAAAGAAUCGCAGAAUAAGUGGUCAAAAAAGGUCCCGAAAUGCGACGUUUUUAAAUGUGUGGCAGAAAUUGAUGAUAAUCUGAAACAAUGCAAGGAAAAUUUGAGUGAGAAACUGGCAGAUUUUGAGCAAGAAAAGGAGAAGAGAAAGUCUUCAACUGACAGUUUGGACGCAUUUUUAGAGCUAAUUGCUUCUUCCGAGCGAGUCUUGGCUGAGUUGGACAACAGUUCGUCGUCGCCGGCAUCGAACGCUCUAGAGAAAAUCCAGAGUUUGAAAGCGACGUGUGAGAGUGAAAUGAGUCGAUUGGAUGGCCUGUUGUCAGAGAUUCAGUCAGAUUACCACCGCAAAUCAUCCACUCUCCCCAUCACCCUCGUCCACAAAUGGGACGAGGCGAAAGAGAAGUCAAACAAGCUCACUCUUGUCUUGAAAGAAAAGGAGUUCGCAGCCCAAGAAGUGAAGGAUCUCGAGUUGGUUUGUUCGGAGACUAUUCAGAAUGUGACCAAUACAUUGAGUGAAUGUCAACAGGAGCUGGCCAAUGAUGAAGACUACUUGGUCAAAAUUGCAGACCAGACGUCUACACUGGCUGCUUGUGACAGGAACAAAGAAAACUUGAAACGCGUGUCCGAAUGCAAGUGUUCUCUGAAGAGCAUAGAAGGUAUGGCGAAUGCGCCUUCGCAGAAGAACAGAAUACCCGUCAUGUCCAAUACCAAGGCACUCCAUACCACCUCCGACCGCCUUCUUGAGAAGCUCCAGGAGCGGCAGACACAACUGAACAACAGUUUGGACAACUGGCAACGGGCGGCCACUCUGGCCCAGGAAUUGUCUGCUGUCGUGGAUGAGUCGUCGGGUUUGAUGGGGGACGAGAACGUGUUCGGAUUGACAUCAGAGAAGUUGCAGGAGUUUCAGACUUCUGUUGAGGUCUUGAUGUCUGCAGUUGCCGAUAAAGCCGAAGCAAAAUCUGAACUGUCGGCGCUUUUGGAUAGUCUGUGUACGAACCAUGGCCAGGCGGCCGACGAUGCAAUCGGCAAACUGAAGAGCCAAUUGGAAGCAUUCGAAAAGGCUUCGGGAGAAAGCAGUUCGAAGUACAGGUUGGCGUGUCAAGAAACAGACGCGAGAGAGAACUUCAUUAAAGAGUGCUGUGAAACUGAAGCUGAGUUGGAAUCCAUGCAGAAAAGUCUGCCUGAUAUUGUGAAAUUGGACAGUGAGAAACAGAUCGAAAAUGCAGUCAGUUUAGCCCAAGUUACAGCCAAGAAUAUCGGCGAAAAGAAAGACAAGGUCAAAAAAUUAGCCCGGAGCCAGUCGGACAAAUUCAGAAAACAAGUGCCUCCAAAACAUCAGCAGAAGUUGAGAAGCGUCGAAUCGUUCCUGGAAGCCGCUUCCAAGAGCGUCGAAGGCUACUCGAAAUCAGUGAGCGAAGGGCUGACUAUUACGAAGAGAUUCAACCAAGUGAAUCAUAGAACGAGGCAAGAGGCUUCCAAGUGUGAACAUGUUGUAGGCACAGUAAGCCGAAGUCCGUCUAGCCUAAAGAGUCAAGAUUCGUUGCAAAAGAUUCUGGCAGAUCUUAAGGAGUCCAAGCGCAGCAUGGAGAAUCAGACGAAAGCGUUGAAGAAUGAGCAAUUUGUGGAGAGCCUAAAACGUCUGGGUCUGAAGGAACUGUCAAUCAUAGUCGAGAACGAGUUGAACACAGUCUUGAAGGAGAGCGACAAGUCAACCGCGUCUUGCGACAACGCUAUACAGUUUUACGAGGGUUGUGCCGAGGAUUGGAAGCUGUUAUAUUCGUCCAUGUCUGGUUUUGAGGAGAAAAUGGCGGGCAUGAAAAAUAAACUGAUUGAGUCGCCUUUCCACUCAUUGGGUGACGAGGAUUUACGAGCAGAGAUAUGCAAAACUGAGGAGUUCACUCAGCUAUCUAGCAGAGACAAAGAAUCGAUUGAUCAAUUGAAAAUGGAAGGAUCGAAGCUGUGUCAGAAACUAGGAGAGAACGGAUUCUCACACCAGAUCAGAAGAGAGAUGCAGUCAAUCGACACACAAUAUCAAAACUUCCGAGAAAUGCUGUCACAACUGUCGACUGAAGUGACGGGUGAAAUUGAGAGGCGAGAGGAGUUCAGAGGUCACAUGGGCCAAGUGGAGACCCAAUUGGAAGGAGUGCAUGACCAAGUGAAGAACAAGCUUCUGUUCACACUCGACCAGAACAGUGUGGCCGCCAAAGUUGAAGAACUUAAAAAUGCAAGCAGAGAAAUGGACGACUUGUUCAGUCCAAUCAAAAUUGAGUACCUCAAACGGGAGGAUUUGUGUGGCCAGAACAAAUCCAAAGUAGAUGUGGAAACGAAGUCGAUUUAUGACAACCUCCAGAGUUCUUUAGUAGCACUGAACGACAAGAUAGCUGCUCAGAUCAAAUUAUCAGAUAUCUAUCGGGAGAAGUUGCGCAAGUUCUACACGAGGUAUUCAGAGUUGGAGAGAGAAAUGAGUUCGUUCUCCGAGGAGUUGCGUCAGAGUGUCGCUCCUCCUGCUGCCGCACAGGAAGAGGAUGAGUCUCUGGAUGUGGUGGAGAAACAGCUGGCUACUCUGGAGAAUCUUCUGGUACGUCAGCAGGAACUGCAGUCGGCCGUUGACAGCUUGAUGCAAAUGGCGUCAGAUGAAAUUUCUCCGUUCCUAAAUGGAACCGGGAAAACGAACUUGAACGAGAAAAUGACUAAGUUGAAGUUUGAUGCGAAUUCGCUGAGAAACGAAGUCAACUCCAAAAUAUCCAACCUGCGUGUGUCACAGCAGUCAUGGAAAAAGUAUCUGAAUUGGCUCAAACAGACGAAUGAGUCGAUUAACAUUCUCAGAACAGAACUGGACAAUAUGGACUGGAAUGUUUUCACGCUAGAAGGCUUCGAAGACAACAAGCAGACGUUGGAGAAACAACGGCAGAAACUGAAAAGUUUGGAAAGUGAUGUUUCCAAUGCAAACUGCUCCGAUGAGCUUAUCGAGAAAUUAACCAACGAGGAUCUGAAGAAUUCGAUUCAGAAGCAGAUUAACAAGAUCAAAGGACAGUUCCAGAAACUGCAAAAUUCAAUCGAGGAAAAACAGUCAGACAUCAAGAAUGAAGAGGGAAGCCGCACUAAAUUCCUCGCCGACGUGUUCCGCGCCUGUGAUUGGAUAGAAGACAGCCAAUCACAGUUGGCCAACGAAUUGAAUGCUGCUGGAAACCUCAAGGAAAAGAUCAAAACCUUAAAAGGAUGUUUGCGAGACUUGAAGACUAGAAGUGGCCAGAUUGACAAACUAUACUCGUAUUGGGAGAAGCACUGUCAGUCUGUGAAUUGUAAAGUACCCGAGCCUCUCUUCAGUAAAAAUGCGGACUUCAGGGAGUCGGAAAAUAAAUUCAGAGGCUACCUCGAAAAGGAGAUUGACAGGAUGAGUGAAAGCGAGUCCAAAGUGAACAGUAUCCGAGAAAGAUUAGACGAUAUCGGCGAAAAACUUCUGGCUCUGGAUGGAGAUCUAGCUGCGGCAGAGGAGCAGAAGUUCGACCAGAACUGUCGCGAAGACUUGAAUCAGAAGCUCGUCCAAGUUCAGGAACUGGAUUCGAGCGUGAUUCAACUAGAGAAAGAUGUGAGUAAUGUUUUGGCUGAGUUGGAGACUGAGAAGGUUCUCAAUUCUACUUUCGCAAGCGAGAUGCAACAACUGCAGGCCAAAGUAGUCAGCGCUCGCAACCAGAUCGACUGGCUUACAAGAUAUGUGGAAGAAUGCGGCAAGGUCUGGGACAGCCUAGAGCAGAAAGAACAAUCGAUUCAGAGUUUGAUCUCUUGUCUUAAAGCGAAGAAGACGAACAAUCUAGACACGCUUCCAAACAUGGAACAGGUUCUAGAGCUGUCAAGCUUGUUGCAGGCUGACGCUAAGAACCUCAGGAACGCCAAAAUAGAGGAGUCCGCUUUGACUGCACUCGCAAGCCAGUUGUUCGACUCCUUCGAGGUUCUCAGUCCCCGAUUGGACAAGAAACUGAGCGGAAUCAGCCAGUCUGUGAAGGAACUGCAGACAAAUAACGCCAACUACCUCGCAACUUGUCAGAAAGAGAUUGAGAAUCGGUCGAGGAUGAAGAAGGGUCUUGAUAAGCUUACGAGUGGGGUGGCGGAGUUGAACUCCAAACUAGAUGACUUCGAAGAGUGGGAUCUGCAGGUCUGGGACGAAGAGCAGCUGAGCAAGGCCAUUCAGCAACUGAAGGAGGACAACGAGCAAUUGGAAGAACUAAGUGCCUCCAAGCUCAGACUCAUUUCACAGCAGCACAGUUGGUACAAGAAAGAGUCCAUGCCUGAAGAGAGUGAACAGAACUGUGCUCACUUAGCCGACCAGAUCAAAGUAGCGAAAGAGAGAGUGAACAAGAAGCUGCAAGAGCUGAACGGAUUGCAGGAUGAAUCGAAAAAGUGUGACUCACUCAUGAGAGAGUUGAAUGCAGUCUUGGAGAAGGGACUGAAAUCGGCUGAAAAGAUAACUGAAUCUAAGAAAAAUCUGAAAUCGAGCAAAGAAUCGGACACACUUAUUGAGAAUUUGAAUGAGCUCAAAAAUCAACUGGAAUGCAACGCACUCAGCGUAAUUCGAGACCUGAACAAUCUCGUACCCAAAAACGGACCAAACCUGAAGCUACAGACGAAAUGCAGUGAGAAACAAGCUGUUUUAAACCAACUCGUGAGUCAAAUUGAGCGUGAGUCAUCUGAAAUACGAGAGGAGUCGGAUUUAUGGAUGCGAUACGAGGAGAGUCGGGAAGAGUUGGAGUCAAUGGCUAAUAUGAGUGAUGGUGUUGAGAAGUUGUCUAGAAAGGAUGUUUCUACGGAGAAAGGGCUGGAAGGAACUAUUGAAGAGUGCCAGAGCCUGCUUAUUAAAUUGGGUGGAUUGGACAAUGUUGUUGCCGCAGUGAACGACAAGUUUAGCCAAGUUGAGUCUAAACUGAAAGGCUCCAAUGGAGUUGCAGAGGAGAAACUACACAAAGACGGAUUAGUUGAUUCUGCCAAAAGCGCGUAUGCCACUGCUGCUAAACUGGUUAACAAACUGGCAGAAGAAAAACAGCGGAGAUCAAAGUUUAUUGAGUGUGCAGACAGAAUUUUGUCGUUCAUGGCCGAAAUUCCUCGGGAAUCGACAGAUGUUUCGUCAUGGAAUGAAGAGAAAGCUAAGCUUCAGGAAACCAACGGGCGUUUCCAGAAAUGCAUUCAAGAGUUCCAAACGUCCAAAACCGACAUGAUAUCGAAGACCAAAGACACUAACAUGCCACUACCGACUCAGGUCUCCAGUAAAAUGACCGAUGUCGAAGCCAAAAUUCCAUAUGCACAAAAGGACAUGACAUCUCUUAUGGACCACUGUGCGUCCAUGAUGAGGGUGGAGCAUGGUCUGAUUGAAGAGAAUAUCGUUCAGUGCUCUGAUUGGCUGAAAAUUGCAGAGGAGAUAGUGGAAAAAGCUGCAGAGCGAGAGAAAGCGUCGCUCGAAGAAAGUGUCGAGAAAGAGAAGAGUCGCAUAGCAAGUAUGAAGUUCUCCCUGCGUGCGCUCUCAGACGGGGGAACCAGCUCAAAUGUGAUUGGUCAAUUAUCGGAAUCGAUUGACCAAUUAGAAGCGAGGUUGAAAGGAGUUGAAGAAAAGUGUAGAGAGUCAUUGAGGAAGCUUGACACAACUGGUCGACUUCAAAGUGAGUUCGAGGAACUGAACCAGAGCAUUGUACAAUGGGUGGAGAUCGGCGAAAGUAUGAUGGCCAAUUCUGGUGGCAACAAGGCCACCGGAUAUGAUGAGCUCUCCUCCUUUCUCAAAAAUGUCAGGGAUCUUCUGGACCAAGAGGGAUCUCUGGAUUCGACUCUGUCUCGCAUGCAGGACAUUGCGGAGCAGUUGGACGACACUAAGACAGACCGCACUCUGGAUUCCAGUACGGAUAGACUCAAAAAGGUUUCCGAACAGCUUCGUCGCAAACAGGAUGAGCAGGGGGUGAUUUUGGAGGAGUGGGUUGAUGUGGGCCAUGGGAUGAAGAGACUGGAGGCGUGGGUGGAGCAGACCCAAAAGACACUGGAGAGACCCGAGGAACAUGUGAAUGUGAGAGACCAGCUGCAGAAGAAAGGAGAGUUGAUUGCCGAGAUAGAGGGUAAGAAGACAGAAGCUACUGAGUUGGUGAACAGGAAAAAGAAAGUGUCCCAGGCACUGGGAGAGAAACAGACCACGGCAUCCGGAACCUCUGGGCUGAUUGAGGAGGAGAGCUUAUUCGCUGACCAGCUGUCCAUGUUGGAACACGAGGCCAAAGAACAGGAAAGUGUGUUGCGAGAAUCCGUCAAGAUUCAGGACGCUUACGAUAGAGACGUCGACAGACUGAAGGCACUCAUUGACGAUGCCCAGAAGCAGAUCAAUGCUAACUCCGUCAAACCGAAAAACAUAGAUGCUCUCAAGAAACAAAUAGCGGAACACAAGGCACUGAGAGCUGAAAUUCAAAAGUACGCCAAGGAGAUCUAUGCCAUCAACGAAAAGACUCGCAAGCUGGCAAGACUCGGAGGACGAAGACAACGGAAGAGCAACGACAUGCGAUCCCUCUUUCCGAAAGGACGUCCCAAAGCCGGAACUCCCUCUGACUUCUCUCCCAUCAUGGAGGGAUCCGCUUCGCCACUUAGCCCCCAUUCUUCAAGUUUCGUAGCAAUCGGGAGGUCUAGGGAGGACCUCUUGAUGGGAUCCAUGGGGUCUCUAGGACUCACAAGGUCCAGAGAAAACAUCUCGAAAUCCAGAGAAAGUUUAUCAAAGUCGAUUCGAGGGUCACGUGAGGACGUUGCACAAAGCAGUUUGACUGAACCACCUUCCAGUAACCUUUCAAAGUAUACAUUUUUGAAUGUUGUGACGUCACGAAAUUUGGAAACCAUAAAAGAGCCCAGCGAACUCUCUCGAAGUACUAAUGACGAUUCAGCUGAAGUCCAGGAACCGGAGAUCAAAUUAAAAGAAAAUAUUAUACUUGACUUGGAAAUUCCUCCGAAUGAACCGAUUACAUCAUUGUCCUCUAAUUCGAGUCUGUCUUCUAGUGGAAAUUUUCUUUUGACAUACGCAACACCUCCUUUUAUGGAAACUACUCCCGUCGACUCUAGUGGAUUUCAAAGUGUAACGAGUUCUCGGGAUUCUAAGAGGUGUAAUGUUUGGGGCCUUUCGCCUAGAGGAAAAUUAACGGAAAUUUCUGAUGAAGAAAUGAACUCAAAACCAACUGCAAAUGAAAAAUUAAACAAUGAGAAUUCUUUGCAGUUUUCUAGAGCGCCGAUUCUGAAGUCAAAUUUUAGUCCUCAGCCGUCGAAAUCCACUCUUAACUUGCGUAGAGAGUCUGUCAUUGGAGACUUCACGUCUGGAAACGCGCAUCAAGAAACGCCGGGAAAAUCGACCUCAGUUAUUGGCCCAAAAUUAACUAGAUCAGCAGAAUCGGAAAAAUACGCGAAAAACUCAAAUGAAAAAUUUUCUUCAUCUUUACCGCGUUGAAAUAAUACUUAACAUCGCGAACAGUUUAGAAAUCUCAACUAAUUUUAAAAUUAUUCGAUUGUAUUUAUGUCCUCAAAAUUGUAAAAAGCUUUCAUUUUGUAAAUAUUUCAUGGAAAUUAAUCAACCCGAUAAUUUAAA